AUGGCUCCCACGUACAAGACGGUGGUUCUCGCCAAACGCCCCAAGGACGACAUUGUGCCCGGGGAGACAUUCAAACUCAUCACCGACAACCCGACACCUUCCGCCGACGCUCUCAAGGAUGGAGAGGUCCUCUUUGAGACCAACUAUCUCAGUAUCGAUCCCGCCAUGCGUGGCUGGCUGAACGACACCAGAUCAUAUAUUCCACCCGUCAAGAUUGGAGAAGUUAUGCGAGGCGGCUGCAUUGGGACGAUCAAAGCUAGCAAGAACCCUCAGUUCCCGGUAGGCAGUUUUGCCACGGCCACAGCGGGUUGGACGGAAUACAAGAUUUGCAAAGGGAGCGAGCUGCAGAGAGUAGUCGUCCCUAAGGGUGGGAAACUGACUGACGGGUUGAGUGUCCUGGGAAUGACUGGGCUGACAGCUUACUUCGGCAUCAUUGACGUCGGCAAAGUCAAAGCCGGAGACUUUGUGGUUGUCUCCGGAGCUGCAGGUGCAACAGGCAGCGUCGUCGGCCAAAUCGCCAAACUCAAGGGUGCUACUGUCUUGGGCAUUGCUGGCAGUGACGACAAGUGCCGCUGGCUGAAGGAGGAGUUGGGGUUCGAUAGUGCCUUGAACUACAAAGAUAAGGACUUCUUCAAGAAGUUCCGGACUGCCACCAAGGACUUGAUUGAUGUUUACUUUGAUAAUGUUGGCGGCGAGAUACUCGACAUGGCUCUCUCAAGAGCAAAACCGCACGCACGGUUUGUCAUGUGUGGAGGUAUAAGCCAGUACAACUCCUCUAAACCCCAGGGCCCAAAGAACUAUCUCAUGAUCGUCUCGAUGCGGAUCCGCAUGGAAGGAUUCAUCGUUUUCGACUAUGCAAAGGAGUAUCCCAGGGCCUUGAAAGACUUGGCCCAGUGGCUGUCAGAGGGCAAGAUCAAGAGGAAGGAGACUAUCGUCAAGGGCGGCUUGGAUCAAGCGGAGAACGCUUUGAGGGACUUAUACAAGGGGGUGAAUACAGGCAAGCUGUUGGUCGAGGUCAAACCGGUCAAUGACCAACUUCGAGCGUCUCUGUGA